UGGAGGCUGAGGAGGACCGUGGAGCAGAGCGCAGAAGAAGAAGCAGCAUCAUCAGAGGAAGAAGAAGAAGAAGCAGAAGCAGCAGAAGAAGAAGAAGACACCGUCGCUCACUCAGGAUUUCAGUCAUUCUUCCCCCUCACCUCCUCUGGCCUGACCGACGCACCAGCCCGUCACCAUGAACUAUCUUCGCCGGCGCCUAUCAGACAGCAGCUUUGUGGCCAACCUCCCGAAUGGCUACAUGAUGGAUCUGCAGAGACCGACUCCUCCUGGUUCCUCCACUUCCACGCCGGCCUCCCCGGCCACAGAGAGGCGCCAGCCCCCGAGCAUGCCAAUCCAGACCCAGGGCUCUGGGUCUGGUGCAGGCUCAGACUCGGGCGCGGGCGCGGGCGCGGGCACGGGCAUGGGCACGGCCACAGCAACAGCCUUGGGCACAGCCUCUGGCACAGCCUCGGGCACAGGCUCGGGCACAGGCUCGGGCACAGGCUCGGGCACAGGCUCAAAAUCAGGCUCAGCUCCAGGCCUGGGUGCAGGGGGCUUCCUCAGCUCCUUCUCCAGCGUGGUGAAGAGUGCUCAGAUGGCCCAAAACGUUGCCGCUGCCGCAAAGGCCAAAUCGGCGGCAACAUCAGCCGAAGGCGCAUCUGCAGGGAAUAGUCAGCCAGCCAAGCCUGUCAUACGCAAGCCCAAGAUCCUGCUGGUGAUUGAUGAUCAACACACAGACUGGGCGAAGUAUUUCAGAGGGAAGAAGCUGAAUGGAGAGUACGAGAUCCGGGUGGAGCAGGCGGAGUUCUCAGAGAUCAACCUGGCCUCCUACGUCAACUUGGGAUGUAUGGUGGACAUGCAGGUCAACAAAGCUGGCAGUAGAGUGGUGAGAUCCUUCAAGCCAGACUUCGUCCUGAUUCGCCAGCACGCCUACAGCAUGGUCCCCGGCGAGGACUUCAGGAACCUUGUGAUCGGCCUGCACUUCGGCGGCGUCGCGAGCAUCAACUCCCUCUUCUCCAUCUACAACUUCUGCAGCAAACCUUGGGUGUUUUCUCAGAUGAUUAGGCUCUACCACUCCCUGGGUCCGGAGAAAUUCCCCCUGAAUGAACAAACCUUCUAUCCCAACCACAGGCAGAUGGUUACAACGCCUUCCUUCCCUGUGGUGGUCAAGAUGGGGCACGCCUACGCUGGCAUGGGAAAGAUCAAAGUUGAAAUCCAGCAGGACUUCCAGGACAUCACCAGUGUGGUGGCUCUGGCCGGGACCUACGUCACCACCGAGCCCUAUGUUCUGUCCAAAUACGACAUCCGCAUCCAGAAGAUCGGUAACAACUACAAGGCGUACAUGAGAACGUCCAUUUCUGGCAACUGGAAGGCGAACACAGGGUCGGCCAUGUUGGAACAGAUCGCUAUGACUGACCGAUAUCGCCUGUGGGUGGACUCCUGUGCUGAGAUGUUUGGUGGCCUAGAUAUCUGUGCAGUGAAGGCUGUCCACGGAAAAGACGGCAACGACUAUAUCAUCGAGGUGAUGGACAGCUCCAUGCCUCUGAUUGGGGAACACGUGGAGGAAGACAGACAGCUGAUCACAGAGCUGAUCAUCAACAAGAUGGCCCAAGUGCUGCUGGGAGUGUCCACACCUCAGCCUUCCACUGUAAAGACCACACAGCCCAAACGAGGAGGACAGCGCUCUACCUCCGCCUCUCCGUCCUCCUCAGCCCAGGGGUCACCUCAGCGAGCCCGGUCUGCCUCCACCUCGCCCAGCCAGGCCUUCCAGCCCGGUCCCAUCCCCGCCUCCACCGGGCCUGGAGCUCAGAAGCAGUCGCCACAGCUAAACAAAUCCCAGUCCCUGACCAACUCCUUCACAGACACGUUACGAGGAAGCGUGACUGACGACGAGGCCAAAGCCGAGACCAUCCGCAGCCUCCGACAGUCCUUCGCCAGCCUCUUCUCCGACUAACAAACUCUCCCAGGAGCUUCCUCUUCCUGUCGGUCGUCAGGUGUGGAGAAAAAAAACAAAACCCUUACUGGGUUCAUCUGCAACGGAGUCUCUUUCCUCCCCCUGAGCCUCAGCUUCCUGUUCUCUUCCUGUUCUCUCUCCAUGUUUGUGAAGUCAAACACCUGGUGCGACACGCUGUCGUCAAACCCACAAUAAAUGCAUCACUAGAAAGGCCAAACGGAUUUCAGAUCUCCGCGAUGAUAAGUGAAACUUUAAAAGCUGACAUUUUUUUUUUUUUUUCUUCACAGGAGAUGUUAAGGGAUGAGGGAUACCAGUGCAGACGCAGAAUUAAACCAAACCUUAUUCACACUUCUGUUACUUUUACUCCACAGUGCUGUUCACUUAAGACAAUUUAAACACAUACACUAGGUCCAUAUAAUCAUAAGUUUAGACUUUAUAUAGCAGAUUUGUCCCAAUGUACUCGUGCAACUGUUUCUCUUUACCCAUAAUUUCUUGUAUUUCUUUAUUUAACAGCACUGCAGGAUUCAUGUAAAUACAAAAAGUUUUAAAGUUGAUGCUGUAAUUUGAAGCGCAGCAUCAAUACAGAUAUCUGAAUGCCCUCUUGCAUGCAAAUCAUCAGGCAGCUGAUGAGUUUGGCCUUUCUAGCGUUAAAUGACCACAGUGUAUAUCAUGAUCUCGCUGGUACUGCUUGCUAUCUAGACGUUAUUCCUCAUAUGUUCGUCCAACCCGUGAAAUUGUUUACUGUUCAUGUGUAAUUUAUUUCUAUAUUUAGGUAUAAUUUAUUUCCAGGACUUGAACUGACGCGCGGCUUCCAAACAUCUACAGCAAUAUACUUAUCUGAAUCUGUUGCCGUGAGCUCAUGAGAAAUGCACCGAGUCCACACGGUUCACCAGCGAUCUUUUUCGGGCGUCUUUCCAGCACACCUCUCAGACAUCCACGUGCUGUAGACACACAUUGGCUCACGUAGUGACUCCUUUACCUUGGCCGAAAAAAACUACCAAAGUGCUUUUUAACAACGCAGUUAAAAAAAAAAAAAACAUCCCGUCUGCACUGGGUCAAGAAAACAAUCAGACAGCGAACCAACUCAUGAGCUUGGGAUUUCACAAGGUGCAAAUGCUGGACUGGCUCGCAGCCAUGGUCUUCCAUCACAGCUCAGAUCUUCCCCCUGCGACCCUUCUUUCUCUUGAUGUUUCGUGCUUUUAGUGAGUAGCACUAUGGAGUAUUUUUCUUGGGGAUUUGUAAAAUAAGAUCUACUAAUGUGUGUUUAAAAGGGAAAUGGAGAGGUUGUAAUAUAAGUUAUUUAUGUCAUUCAGACAGAAAAAGAUUUGCUUUGGUCGUGUAACGUCGCAUCUUAUAUCUUAAUUCUCCUUUAUUCUCUACAACCAGUGUCACCUGGGUUCAGCAGAUCAUUUAGCAUCCUGUUUUAGCUUUUGGUCGCAUGGUGUGUGUGUGCGUGUGUGUGUUUGUGCAUGUGUGAUAUCAGUUACUUUCAUCCUGCUUUGGAACUACACGUAAAUGAAUGUACAGUAUGUAAAGUCAAACAAAGUCAAACUUAAAUCUUGGUCUUAACUUUUCAGAGAAAUGUUGAUGAAAAUAUUAUGAACACAUGUUUGAAAUGUCUUAAUGGCAAAGGUACCCACAUAAGGGACUUGUUAUAUGCCUGAAGGAAAUUUCCUUCCAAAUCUGCUCUUAAGAUGCAACCUACACUAUUAUGAUCUAUGUAAAAAUGUAUUUAGGUGAAAGAAACCUAAUUCCUUUUAUUUAUUGAAUUGUCUGUUUCGGUUGCUUAUAGUUAGCACCAAAUUACAUCUUAUACCGGAACCAUUACAGUUUAUAAAUUAUAAGAUUAGGCAAGGUGAAUUAUUUCCCCGAAAAAAUAUAUCCUUCAGCCUCGGUGCAACAGUUGCCUCCAGAGAGAGUUUGACUGUAUAUAUUGCUUUUCAUGUAGAACACAUAACUCAUAAUCUAUGAAUUGGUUCUUUUGCAUGAAAUUAUAAAGAUGAAUAAGCAGAGAUAUGUGUUUUUCUCCUAUUUGGUUUAAAAACCAAUUUGUCCUAUUUGGACAAAAACGUAAAAUAUGAAAAAGAAUGUGCAAAAGGGUACAUUCAUUGAGCAGUAUAGAGUUUAAAUGGACAUGUCACGAUUCCAAAGUAUAACUUUUAUUAUUAAUAACAAUUAUAAUUAUGAUCAUAAUCUUCAUAAUUAUAAUGGUCCUUAUUAUGGAUAACAUUCAUACAAAUGCAUGAAUCUGUAUAAAAUCUAUGUCGUGUGUGGGUGUGUAUGUGUGUGUUAGGUUGUAAAUUUACCAUUCUGAUUCUGGCAAUGAUACGAUCACUAAAAAAGAACCGCUCAUCUUUGCAAUAAUUUUGUUAAUAAUAAUUUCUACCCUGUUUAGUUUUUAAAGACAAGCCGUUAUUUUUCUUAACUAGCAUUAGUUGUUCAUUGCACUAAAAAUGCUCCGUGUGCGUAAGCUUUGUUAGCUUGACAAAAUAAAUUGCACUCAACAUAACGAAUAAUGGUACGGUCAGGUUUGCAAAAAUAGCAAAAAUAAUCCGAUCUUUAUCGUCAGUGUGUGGAGCUACAGUUGUUUGUCUAAUUCAAGUUGCUAGCUGCUGUUGCUACACAAGUUUAGCAUUUCAUCCUCGCACAGCACUGUAACCAAAUACCUGAAUUCACUUUUAAAAUGAGGACCAGUAUGUGUCAUGAAUGCUCUUCGUUAUGUGAAGAAAAAAUUAAAUAAUGUCGUGUGAAAUGCUUCUUUACCGUGAUAGUAACAUUACGACUGUUAGCAGUAGGCUAGGCAGACAAAACGCUUACAUUUGUAGCUCAUCUAUCCGUUUCUUACACGUUCAUAUUCUUUAUUUGAAUUAUAGACCGUUUAUAAAGAUGAAUGUCGUGUCCCUGAAGUCAGUCAUUUGGAGCCACAGUAGUGAUCGUAAAGUGGAGUCACUAUAUCAAAGUCCCGCCCAUACAUGUGCUCAGCCAAUUAGAAGUCAGUCUCAGCUGUCAAUCAUGGUGUUUUUCCUGUUUUUGUAGCAUAAAAUAACGAGUUAAAACCAAACUUCUAGGAGAAACAUUUUCUUGAGUUGCACUUUGAAUUUCUUGUUAGGACUUAUAAGCAGACAGCCACCAGGGGGUGAUCGAGAUAUUUUGGCUUCACAUUUGGAGAGUUGUCAUGUUGUCCAUCUUUAUAUACGACCUAUGCUUUCAACUCAGAGCUUGGUCGACAAACAAUCAGUCAGCCUACUCACGUUCAAACACCAGGAAGUCUGUGCUUGGGAUAUUUGCUUUUAUCGCCAUCUCGGUUUGUCCAACCUGUUGUUUUGAAUGUUGUCUUGUUGUUUGUCAUAAAUCUGCGUCCAGUGAUUGUUUGGAAAAGUAGAACUGAUCUGCAGAUAAUCCAGUGUCUCGUCACUGAGCACUUUUUUGCAAGCGCCUUUGGCACUGUGUCAAAACGGACCAAAUUAGCAUCUUGUCGUGAGACGCCCUGACAGUCACAAUCAUAUGUUUUUUGUUGUAAAGAUACCUACCACUUAGUAUGUGUUAUACUGCGAUGUGAUAAGCCAUAAACUAAACCAUGAGGAUUCACUGUCCCUUAUGUGCCACGCAAUAACGGCUGUGACAUCACAGAUGAGCUGACUCUGAGCACUGUGUCUGUUACCUUUAAAGACGUUAGGUGGCCUAUCCAAACAGUUGAAUGACCAGUAUGUCUGUCGCGAUGAAAGAUUAACUCUGAUGUCACUUCUCUCAGUUUUAGUGCACUUUGGGUUUAAAAUGCAUAUAUAUAUAUGUGUAUAUAUGCUUAACACACCUGAUACAUUUUUUUGAUUUGACUCAAUUUGAACUGAGCUGCAAAGUUGACUAGUAACUACCUCAAGUUGGGCAGUGCUCUGCAGGAAGUGACUGUAGAGUGUUAGUACUAGCACAGGUUGUGUGAAAAGAGCAGCGAAGGACAAAGAAAUGUGAGACGGAAGUGCUUCCUUUCCAUUUUUGAUGAUUCGUGGGCUCUAGAAAAAUGUGAGAGACCAACCCGAGGAAGAUCAGAGACUUGAUUUCCUUUAACAUCCAAACUAACCCUAGCCCCUUCAGGUUAAUCUAAGCCUGGUUCUCAGUUUAUUUGAUGGUUCCAGCCUCUAAUGUGAAUUAGCGAUAAAAGUCCUUUGAUCUUGCUUGUUUGAUUGACAGCUUCCUCAGCUGGUCACAGCCCUAGCUUCAUCCUUCCUUGCCCCGAAAUCUCCUAAACGUCUCUCUUGAAACCUGCUGUUGACUUCGCACAUGAACAUUCUGUUGCUGCGCUGCUCCUUUCACAAAACUGAAAAGUGUUGCAUCACAUCACUAUGUCUUUCAUCUUUUUUGGAGAUAACACAAUACUAAAAUUCUUUUUAGCUUAUUUUCUAUCCUCUUCGUUACGACAUGGUUGAGUCACCGGCUCAACCCUGGGUGUGUUGAACUGAUGAGAAGCCUGAAUAUAUGAAUAUAUGCAGCCUCAGAGACUUGCCAUCAAUACAGCUAAUACUGCAAGGAAAUCAAGUCCUCUUUAAAUAUGGUAUUUGUAAAUGAAACGUGAAAAUAUGAAUGUCAUUGCACGGGUUUAUUCGCCGAUCUUUCAGUCCACUGUGUCCCUCCCUCUCCGCUGAAUGGUGGGCGAUAACGUGUGAUACUCUAAGUGUAUAGAUGUUCGGUAUAUCGGUGUAAAUGUGGCAUGAAAAACGACCCCCCCCUCCCCUCUCUGUGUGCCUCAGGUGUGUACAUUCGGUCGUCAUGUGAUCUUAACGUCUGGCUGCUUAUUUGUGAGUGUGAUGCAUCUCAUGUGUUUCUGUAAUUUAUUAGUAUUAAGAUGAGUUUGUUUUCUGUAUUUCACUUCCUUUGUCCGAAAAAAAUCCAGAUUUAUGUUAUUAAAACUUUUAUUACA